AAAGAUGGCGGCGGUCUGUGCUGCAGAGCAAACUGCAAACAAACCAGAAGACAGCGUUUCCAACCCAGCGAGCAGGCGAGGCAGCGGCUCGAGUGCGGCCGAGCCGGGAGGAGCGGAGGAGUUCGCGCUGAGCUUUCUGCAGAAGGAGGUGGGCAGCGACCUGAAGUCCCUGAAGAAUGUCAGCAACCUGCUGCAAACACUGACAGAGGAAAACAGCGUGCUGGAGAAACAGGUUCUGACCGUGUCCAGUGCUUUGCCUCCUAAAGUCUCUGCAGCUCUGUCUGCAGCUGAGGAGGCAUUAUGUUCCCUGGACGACCUGCAGCAGAGAGAGCGACUCAUCUCCAACAAGCUGCACCAGCACCUACAGGGGGCCCAGCCGUGGAUGGAUAAUCUUAGCCAGGUCCUUAAUCAAGUGGACACCAUCGAGAGACACAUGAAAUACCUUCGCUGCCUUCAACAUAUAGAGGAGCUCAGUGCUGCGGUCCAGCAGUGUCUGAUGACCAGCAGUGUGUGGGAGGCCAUACGGGCAGUGGACAGCAUGGCUGCACUGGACGCUGGCCUCAGUCAGUCUGGAUGUACUCACCUCCAGGACUUCCUGCGGGAAACGCUUCACUUCUGGCACAAAAUCCUCAAAGACCGACUGACCACUGAUUUUGAGAAAGUGUUGACUCCGCUUCACUGGCCGAUCAUCUCACCUCCGACACAGUCGCUGACGCCCACAGCUAAUGGUCAGGAGAUCAGCAGCCAGCUGGAGCUGCUUGUCACUCAACUGCUCGCCCUGCAGACCUCUGAUGACAUCAUAUCUCAGAUGGCUCUGGCCUCUGGUAGGGGCGUAGCCUUGGCCCCGCCUGUGUCUUCUUCAUUCACACCUCCGUCCCAAGCACCUCCCCUCUGUCUGCCCAUCCAGAUCAUGCUGCUGCCGCUCAGCAGGAGAUUCAGAUACCACUUUUACGGCAAUCGACAGACCAACUCUCCCGGCAAGCCUGAGUGGUACCUCACACAGGUUCUGAUGUGGAUGGGGAACAGCUCGACCUUCAUGGACGAGAAGAUCCAGCCGAUUCUGGAACGAGCUGGGGCCACCAUCAGUGCCAGGGUGGAGCUCUGGCGAGGCCUAUUGUCUCUGGUGCAGGAGAAAGUGGCCAGUGAUGCUUCCAGGCUGCUGUACGACGACGUGCUCCUCUCUCACCUGGUGGAGGAGGUGCUGCAGUUCGAGAAGGAGCUCCGGAGCAACCACUCGUACCCGGCGGAACUGCCAGGUCUGCUCCACCUCCUGCUCGAUGACGCAGUCCUUCAGAAGUGGCUCACUGUGGAAAGAAAGAUGGCAGUGGAGAAGAUGGACGCCAUGCUGUCGGCUGAGGGAGCUUGGAGCUCUCAGUACAAAGACAUCAGUGAUAUGGACGAGCUGAAGGCGCCAGAUUGUGCAGAGACGUUCAUGACUCUGCUACAGGUCAUCACUGAGCGGUACCGGGCCUUACCCUGUCAUUCUGCACAGCUGAAGUUUCUGGGGCUGCAGAGAGAGCUGGUGGAUGAUUUCCGCAUAAGACUCACCCAGGUAAUGAAAGAGGAGUCUCGCUGUCCACUCGGUGCCCGUUACUGUGCCAUCCUCAAUGCUGUCAACUACAUUUCCACCAUCCUGGGAGACUGGGGAGACAACGUGUUUUUCCUCCAGCUGCAGCAGGCGGCGGUGUCAAUGGGAGACGAGGCGGUGCUGGGAGACCUGGGGGUGAUGGAGUUGGGCCGUCUGGCCUCUCUGGAGGGCUCUCUGUUCGAGGGUCUGUUAGCGCUUCUGGAUCGCCUAAAAGGAGACAUGAUGGGAAGACUACUGGAAUGGACCAUGAGGGAAAUCACAGAGAAAGCCAAACCAUUCUCUCACGACAGGUGGCUGUCUCUACCAUCUCCGCAUGACCAGUCCACCAUGUCCCUGUCCAGUUCAGCAUGUCCCAUGAUGCUGUGCGUGAGGGACAGACUGCUGAACCUUCAUCAGGUCCUGAGUCUGACUCUGUUCCAACUCGCCUGGCAGGGCCUGGCGGAUAGACUCGACAACCUUCUCUACCAGGAUGUGAUCCUGUCAAAUCAUUUCAGCGAUGGGGGAGCCGCUCAGCUUCAGUUCGACAUGACCAGAAACCUGUUUCCUCUGUUUGGUCACUACUGCAAAAGACCCGAGAACUUCUUUAAGCAUGUGAAGGAGGCGUGUAUCAUCUUGUGCCUGAACGUGGGCUCCGCUAUCCUGCUGAGGAACCUCCUCAAAGAGUCCGAGGAGGAGCCGAAGGACUGGGCCGGUGCAGAGGAUCCUCCGCCCGAGUCUGCGCUCAAUGAGUUGGGGGUUUACUGCUUGGCACCGUGCGACGUGCUCAUUCUCCUCAACCUCAGAGCCUCCUGGCCUGGACAGUGACAUUUCCUCCGCCACUUGGAGGUUUAUAUCGGUGUAUAUUAAAAUAUUUCUUAUUAAAUAUUAACCAUCUUUGGAGAGAAGACGUUUAAUAUUUGUCAGUUAUGUAAAGUUGAGCUGUUCAGACAGUAUCAUUAUUAUAAUGCACUUUUUGUAGGGGGGCACAUACUUACCUGUCACCUCAGUUGACUGAAGUAAACCACAACACAGUUAUUGUUAACAAUUGUGCUUUGUCUGAAAUAUUAUGUAAUAAACCCUGCAAUAGUGUCAUCUUCCAA